UGACUCGACGGGUCUCUGGACAGCUGCCCAAGCUCACCCAGCCGGAGAGGUGAGCGAGGGCAGGUCCGGUGACCCGGGUCCUGUGCUUGCUGGCGGUUCCCCGCAGCAGGCCGGACACUCAAUUGACGGACGCCUCGACCCCAAGGAGACGCGCCCCAGGAGCCGGCCCCUCUAGCCAUGGCGUUCUCGGAGCUCCUGGAGCGAGCCGGGGGCAUGGGCCUCUUCCAGGCCCUGCAGGUCUUCACAAUCCUCCCCAUCUCAAUCUUCAUCCCCCCCCAACUGUUUAUGGACAUCUUCUUGGCCGCCACCCCCGGCCACCGCUGCUGGGUGCGGAUGCUGGACAAUGGCUCUGAGGUCCCCACAAACCUCACCCCCGAGGCUCUCCUGGCCGUCUCCAUCCCACUAGGCCCCAAUCGUGAGCCCGACCAGUGUCGCCGCUUCCGCCAACCGCAGUGGCAGCUCCUGGAGCCCAAUGCCACGGCCACCAACUGGAGCGAGGCCGCCACGGAGCCGUGCGUGGACGGCUGGGUCUACGACCUCAGCACCUUCACCUCCACCAUGGUGGCUGAGUGGGGCCUGGUGUGCGCCAGCCAGAACCUGAAGCCCGUGGGCCAGGGCGUCAUGAUGGCCGGGUUCCUGCUGGGGUUCUUAGCCUGGGGCCCCUCCUCAAACAGGUUUGGGCGGAAGCCGAUAUUGAGCUGGUGCUGCCUGCAGGUGGCCGUGGCCAACACCAGCACUAUCUUUGCCCCCAAUUUCCUCAUCUAUUGUGGCCUCCGGUUCUUGAGUACUUUCGGAUUGGCUGGUGUCCUAAUGACCACAUCCACACUCGUGGUGGAGUGGACCACGACCAGAUGGGUGGAUCUCACCGUCACGAUUCUGGGAUGUACCUACGGCAUAGGCCACAUGGCCCUGGGCGGUCUGGCCUUCGUCCUGCGAGACUGGCGAGCCCUCAAUCUGGCCUUGUCGACCCCCUUCUUUGCCUUCUUCCUGAUCUCCUGGUGGCUGAAAGAGUCGGCACGAUGGCUCCUCAUCACGGGCAGGCUGGAACGGGGCCGGGAGCUGUGGAGGGUGGCUGCCAUCAACGGGAAGAGGGCAGUAGGGGACACACUGACCGUUGAGGGCUUGUUCUCAGCCAUGCAGGAGGAGCUGAGUGUGAGCCAGGCUCCCGCCAGCCUGGGCACCCUGCUUCCAACACCUGGACUGGGCCUCCGGACCUGGGUCUCCAUUCUGUGCUGGUUUGCCUUAGGAUUCACCUCCUAUGGCCUGGCCCUGGACCCGCAGGCCCUGGACAGAAACGUCUUCCUGCUCCAAGUCCUCGCUGGGGUCUUCGACCUCCUAGCUAAGACAGGCGCCAUGCUGCUGCUGAGCCGGCUGGGCCACUGCCCCAUGCAGGCCCGUAUGGCGGGGAUCUGCAUCCUGGCCAACUCAUUGGUGCCCCGUGAGCGGGCAGGCCGGAUGAGGUUCCUGCGUUCAGCCCUGGCCAUGCCGGGGCUCGGGAGGAUCGGGGCUGCCUUCACCUGCAUCCCCGUCUACACUGGUGAGCUCUUCCCCACUGUAGUCAGGAUGACCACCAUGGGCGUGGGCCAGACGUCAGCCCAAGGGGGAGCCAUCCUGGGGCCUCUGCUCCAGCUGCUAGGAGUGCACAGCCCCUCCUCUCCCCUGCUGAUGUGUGGGGCAGAGCCAGUGCUGAGUGGCCUGGCCACACCGCUGCUGCCAGAGACCCAGAGUCUGCCGCUGCCUGGCACGACCCAGGACGUGCAGAGCCAGUGA